AUGCCUUUUAAGCCAGUAGAACACCCCAAGUGUCCCAAAUGCGGCAAAUCCGUAUACGCCGCGGAAGAACGCGUCGCCGGAGGACUCAAAUGGCACAAGAUGUGCUUCAAGUGUGGUCUGUGCGGCAAAUUGCUCGACUCGACAAACUGCUCCGAGCACGAGGGUGAGCUAUUUUGCAAAGUGUGCCACGGACGCAAGUUCGGUCCUAAAGGAUACGGCUUCGGUGGAGGCGCUGGUUGCCUGUCCAUGGAUCAGGGCGAACAUUUGAAGAGUAGCGAGGAGCUCGCGAGGGGAUCGAACGCCGUUCUGGAACCGAGAGCCAUCGCGAAGGCGCCUGAAGGGGAAGGUUGUCCCCGAUGUGGAGGAUACGUGUACGCCGCCGAGCAGAUGCUAGCUCGAGGAAGGGCUUACCAUAAGCAAUGCUACAAGUGCAAAACCUGUCAACGGUCUCUGGACUCGACGCUUCAUUGCGAUGGUCCUGAUCGCGAGAUAUAUUGUCGAGCUUGCUAUCCGAAGAAAUUCGGUCCGCGAGGCAUUGGCCAUGCUGGGGUUAUGUGGAUCGGGCUGCAGUGCGAUAUUGAGGACGAGGGCGAUGCUGCUCCUCGUACAACCGUGAUCGACACCGCCGUAAUCAAGGCCCCACCUGGCAAAGGUUGUCCACGUUGCGGUGGCGUUGUAUUCGCUGCUGAACAGGUGCUCGCAAAGGGCCGCGAAUGGCACAGGAAAUGCUACAAGUGUCACGACUGCAGCAAAACUCUCGACUCUAUCAUCGCCUGCGACGGGCCCGACAAAGACGUCUACUGCAAGACUUGCUACGGAAAGAAAUGGGGACCGCACGGAUACGGAUUCGCAUGUGGAUCGGGAUUCUUACAAACCGAUGGCCUAACGGAGGAAGAAAUAUCAGCCACUCGCCCAUUUUACAAUCCUGAUACGACGGCUAUCAAGGCACCAGCUGGUCAGGGAUGCCCCCGCUGUGGUGGCAUGGUAUUUGCCGCCGAACAACAGCUCGCCAAAGGUACUAUGUGGCACAAGAAAUGCUUCAACUGUGCCGAAUGCCAUCGACCUCUGGACUCUAUGCUAGCCUGUGACGGACCUGACAAAGAAAUCCACUGCCGAUCUUGCUACAGUAAACUGUUUGGACCCAAAGGAUUUGGGUUCGGACAUACCCCGACUCUCGUUUCAACCAACGGAGAUCACGCUCCCUCAUACAUCGAUGCCAAGCCUCAGGUGGGUCAGAAGCGAAACGACGGCCACGGGUGCGCGCGUUGCGGCUACCCAGUGUACGCUGCGGAGCAGAUGAUCUCGAAGAACCGCGUGUGGCACAAGCGCUGCUUCAGCUGUGCCGAGUGCCAUCGUUCGUUAGACUCUACGAAUCUGAACGAUGCCCCAGACGGGGACAUUUACUGCCGUGGCUGUUAUAACCGGAAUUUCGGGCCGAAGGGUGUAGGCUUCGGCAUGGGGGCGGGUACCCUGACGAUGGCCUAACUUCUUCAGGAACGUCGAAACGCUGGAAACCAGUCUCAUAUAUAUAUAUAUAUAAAUAUAAAUAUACACAUAAAUAUAAUUAUAUCCGCCAUAUACAGCCGAAUAAACGACCAGAACAAGCGAUAUCGCACUGGGCUCUUCGUUUAUUCGUGUGUAUAGGAAUAUGUAUAUGUAUAGACGCCUGACUCCUCGACUAACUCUGACGAAGUGACGAAAAACACGCUGCUCCAGAAAUCAAACAGAAAGCCAAGAAAUUUGUUCGCUAAACGACGACACACCGAUUAUUCGAUCGUAACGAAGACUGCACGCACGUUUCGUCGAUGCUCUUCGGCGACGUGGCGCACGAACGACCGAGAUACCACGAUUAAUCGAACCACAUGUAAACGAGCAAGCUUUUAUUACUUUUGUAUGGCGAAAAUUCGCGGGAUCGAAGCUCGGUUCUCUCCUUUUUCCUUCGAAAGCAGACUCAGCAUCCUGUCCACUUCCGUUAGGGACCAACGUUGGGCCAAAUUUCCACUCCAUCUACUUUCUCCAGUUAAGGUCUGCUGUCUGAGGGAAAAGGCGUGACGAGCAUGACACAGAGAGUACAAAGGACAAAUACCUGGACCGUAAUCAGCAGCAACAAUUGUAGUUAACGACAGAAAUGACGAGCGAAAAAGAACAGAUACAAAAUAUGAUUAUUUUCAAUAAAUGUAUAUUUCGAGAAAAAAAAGAAUAAGAGAACUAAAAAAAAAAAAAAGAUAAAAACAAA